AUGCUUUCCGGUCGUCGCUUCUUCGGUCGCGAAUCCGGUGACGUGGGCUCGGCUUUACUCUUCAGCGAGAGUUCAAGGGGCAUGGCGAUCACUCGCCGAGUCAUGGCCUUACUGGACGUCUGCUACCCCUUUGCCGGGAAGGCGGGCGUUGUCGCACAAGUCCCAGCGGAGAACAGCGCAGCACCGCCUAUGUAUUUGCUUACAGGAGAGGAGAAUCCGGCAUCCGGCAACUGCCUCGUGCUGCUGCUGCCAGGAGCCCUGGGCACUGCUUUGAACUUCUGUGGUGUGCGGCCGAUUGGGAGGCCACUGGAAGUGUUUGAUGCUGAUGUGCGCACGGGCGUGAUCCGCCGCGUGCAGGACGAUUGCGCUGAAGCCACGGAGCCUGGCGACCGGCGCCCCUCCCUAGCGGCGGCAGAGGCGCUGAAAGCUGCGGUGCGCGAGGCGAAGGUGAAGGAGUCCGACGUUUGGAUCGGGCUCCCCAGGGUCCGACUGAGAGAGUCCGCAAAGCUGCGUGUGGCCCCCGGCGCCGGGGAGUGGGCGCUUUACCCCUGGGGAGUCAUUUCGGCGGAGGGGAGCUUGGUGCUCAAGGACGCGAGCCCACGCGCUGAGGGCGUGUGUCACAAGAGCAUUGAUCGGAUCCAACUCUUCGCUUCCUCGGCGGACGGAGAGGCGCCUUCUCAGCUGGCCAGCGCCUACAAGCUCGAGGCUUUGGUGGCCCGGGCCGAGGAGCCCUUUGCCACCCUGUGCUUCCUAGGCGGACCAGGACCGGUCUCCAGCCUAGACAGCGAGCAGCUCUUUGAUGGUGUGGUUGCUGGCAAGGCCGUUCUGGGCGCUCCGGGCACGUCCACGCCGCUGCGGACCGAAGGGCGGACGACGACGGCCGUCCACCGGCAAGCCGUUGCUCUAGUGAUGCUGUAUAGCUCCUCCCACAUGGGGCAGAAGGCCGUGGGUGCCUUGGACACUGGAGCUGAUUAA